AUGUUGUUUAGCAUGGAUUUUCAGAGUGCAAUGGAAACCUUCGCUGAAGCUUGGGUCGCCGCCAGCACUGGAGAACAGACGCAAGCUCUUGCCCUUACGCGUUCCAAAUCUCCCAAAAAGGACUCAUCGAUGCCAGUAUCCCCGUCACACACUACCGAACGAGACGCAGAAAUGUCCAGCCCAAAGGCAAUAUCCGGCACGGCCGCCUCGUCCUCCUCGGUCAGCAGCAAUAGCAGCACCGCCGACCCACCAGCAGAUCGUUCCCAAUCAACCGAUGUAAACGGUUCCGCCAACCAUCACCUACCGGCACCCAGCAAUGGUGCGACGGGAUCAUCCACCAACGCCCCCACUGCCGGACAAUCGCGCGUAGAACUCGCGACCAACCUCCAUCCAGCCAUCAGUGUGUCACAGUCUCUUCUGGCAGCCGCUGCCACCGUUAAUCGCUCCGUAACGCCACGCAUCAGUGUUUCGAGCUCACUGACGGCGCCGGAAAACAACGGACCGGGUCCGAACGGGCCGGGUGGUUUGGCCAGCCGUGAUAGCAACCCCGUCAAUGGUCCACACAUCGAUCGGACCAUACUACAGUCACCGGUAGCCGCCGUACAAGCAGCCGCCGCCGCCAUGCAGGAUCGGAGGCAGGAUUUUGACUUCAGCAAAGUGAACGCUAAAUCCUUGCCGCUUCAUUGCGUGGUUGAGUCCGUCAGUUCGUUGCAGGCGACGCUCAACUUCGACACCCGCAGCCCCUGGAAGCGACGGCCAAACAUCGAAACGGACAGCUACGUCAUCAUCCCGGCUUCGACACCAUUUUGUGAUAUCGUUACGACCGCGCUCCAGCGGCUCGGCUACUCCACAGAGAUCUCCAAUGCAGCUAGAGGCUCCAUAUCAAUCAAGAACUGGAAAUCCCUAUCGCUCGAUGCCAUCUCGGACAAUCCGCUCGUAUCGGUCAGCGACAUACUCGGCGAGCUGACCUCGGUCGUAACGCUCAAGAUUACGAUCCUGCGCAACAAACCGUCCCAGCUGGCCGAAAUUAAGGAUAAACUGUUGAAGCUCCUCAUUCUCCAGUCACACGCACUGCUACGAUCGACCGGUUGCCCCCUCGAUGAGAUAACGCUAUCGCAAAUAUGCCGCAGUCCACUGCAAAACACGUUCCCCUUUACGCCCGAGAUCACCGAGGAGACGCGCCGUAACUUUGACCAGUGGUGGAGCAACCAGCUGGCCCCGCAGCCAAACCCGAUCGCCCACAAGAUACUGCCGUUUGCGAACCCACAGCAGAACGAUCAUCUCGACUUCUCUAGUCAUGGCUUUCCGAGUUUGCACGCGGCCAAACGGGACGCAGCGUUGUUGGUCGGGGAUGGAGGUGCCGUGGCGGCUGCUGCCGCGGCAGCACAUCACGCUAGCCAGCAUCACAAUCUGGUGGUACAUCCCGCCCUACAGACCGUCCACUCGCAGUAUCCCAACCAGAAGACACGCAUGCGUACCAGCUUCGAUCCGGAGAUGGAGCUGCCGAAGUUGCAGCGUUGGUUCCAGGAAAAUCCACACCCUUCCCGGCAACAGAUCCAAUCGUACGUGGUGCAGCUAAACUCGCUGGAAUCGCGCCGUGGCCGGAAACCGCUCGACGUCAACAACGUGGUAUACUGGUUUAAGAAUGCGCGUGCUGCACAGAAGCGAGCCGAAAUGCGACAAGGUAUGACGAAUGGUUUUGGAACGCCUAGUAUGAUGAUGUCCCAGGCAGACUAUAUGAAAAGCUCCCCGAGUGCACCAUCGGAAGAUAUCGACAACUUGUCGCAGGAUGAAAUGGACGAUGAGCUCGAUAGGCCGAUGUCACCACAGCUGCCGCUUUCGCUUACAAUCCACGAACGUAAUCAUCCACUCACGCCCUCCGAUCAGACACCCAUCAAGCAGGAAAACAAUUCCGGCUCGGCAAGUCCUCCGCCGUCCCCUUCUCCGAAUCAUGAGCAUAGCUCGGGUAACUCCAACACUGGGAACGCGGGCAAUAACCAUGGUUCCGGUACAGGCAGCAAUAACAAUGGCACCGGUCUCAACACCAGUGGCAUCAGCAUCAACAACAAUAAUACCAGCAGCACUAACAACAACAACGGCAACAACGAGUCCGCCAACGAUUCGACGCUGAUGAACGAUGAGCCAAAAUCGAACUACUCCAACGAGCGCAGCAGUUCCCCGCAGCGAUCGUCACGUUCACCCGCCUCGGAGGAUCUGGACAUGGACGAACCGGACGUCAGCAACAUGGACGACUACCGGUCACCGUCGCCGGACUCGAAACGCCAGCUGCCCUUUCCGAUGAACAAUCCGAUGCUGUCCCACUCGAUCAUGUACAUGUCGCACUACAUACCCGCGAUGCAAGGUGCGGCCGGGAUGCACCUGAAGAGUGAGUUUAACCCGGGCGGUCAUGGUCCGCUAGGGCAGGGUGGUCUAAACCUUUCGUUCAACAGUGACGAGAGAAGGAAGCGCAACCGAACCUUCAUCGAUCCGGUCACGGAGGUACCGAAGCUAGAGCAGUGGUUCUCGAUGAACACGCACCCAUCGCAUAAUCUCAUCCUGAAGUACACCGAGGAUCUCAACCGUAUGCCUUACCGCCAAAAGUUCCCCCGGUUGGAGAGCAAAAACGUGCAGUUCUGGUUCAAGAAUCGGCGAGCCAAGUGUAAACGGCUCAAGAUGUCGCUGUACGAUCCGGCCCAGUUGGCAAACCUGGGCGAACAGGCACAUCUGGCGGCACUGCACGAUGCACCGCAUCUAUCCGGCUUACACGAAGCAUCACAGUUGCAUCCGUUCCAUCAUGCUGAUCGGGAUUAA